CAGUAAUCCAUGUCUCAGUUGGGUUUUUCAGUAAAGGGUUCAACACUAAGCUAGUCAAGUACUGGGAACUAUCAGUCAUUUCCUGUCUAUCUUACUGAUGAUUCGGCAGCAAGAUGCCGAGCGCUGAUGACCGAUUUUAGCAAACCAUAAUCAUCUGAUCAGCAUGAGUUUGACCUGGCUUUAUCCUGUAUCCAUUCUCUUUCUUGCCGGAUUUUCAGAGGAAAUACAACAAUCUGGUGUCAUCAAUAUUGGUUCAAUCCUUUCGUUUGCGACUAUAAAUGGGAGAGUAGCAAAAAUUGCCAUGACUGCUGCUGUUGAAGAUGUAAAUUCUGACUCUAGUGUUCUUGGAGGUAGAAAACUGGUUCUCUCCAUGCAUGAUUCAAACUACAGUGGAUUUCUUGACAUCAUGGGAGCAUUGCAGUACAUGGAAACUGAUACAGUAGCUAUUAUUGGUCCACAAACUUCUGUUAUGGCUCACGUCAUCGCACAUUUCACUAAUGAACUCCAUGUUCCUCUCUUGUCAUUCACGGCAUUGGACCCCUCUAUAACCCCUCUCCAGUAUCCUUAUUUUAUCCAGACAGCACCUACCGAUCUAUACCAGAUAGCUGCUAUAGCGGAUAUGAUUAGUUACUUUGGUUACAGAGAGGUAAUUGCCAUUUUUACUGAUGAUGAUAAGAACCGAAAUGGUAUUACCAUCUUAGGUGAUAUACUUGCCGAAAGGCGUGCUAAAAUUUCUUAUAAAGCCACAAUUCCACCUGAGCCAGCACCAAUUCGUGAUCACGUUAUGGAGGAAUUGCUUAAUAUUAGAAUGAUGGAACCUCGUGUUAUUGUUGUCAACACAUAUACAAAAACAGGUUUUGUGGUUUUUGAUAUAGCCCAGAAUCUUGGUAUGAUGGACAAGGGUUACGUGUGGAUCGCUACUAAUUGGCUUUCAGCAGCAAUGGAUGCUACUCAAAUUUUACCAGACACUGCCAACUCAAUCCAAGGUGUGCUAACACUUCGUCUUCAUAUACCAGACUCCAAAAGGAAAAGAGCCUUUGCCUCUCGUUGGAACAAGUUGAGUAAUGGCUCCAUCGGUUUGAACACUUAUGGUCUUUACGCUUAUGAUACAGUUUGGAUGAUUGCUAAUGCAGUUAAAUUAUUCCUAGCUCAUGGUAGCACCAUAUCAUUCUCAAAUUAUUCAAGUUUGAAUGUUCUUGGUGGAAGGGUUCUGAAUCUUAGUGCAUUAAGCAUUUUUGAUGGUGGGCAGAUGUUGCUCAGCAACAUAGUGCAGACCAAUAUGAGAGGUCUAACAGGCCCUAUUGAGUUUAAUCCAGACAGGUCUAUGAAGCGUCCUGCCUAUGAUAUCCUCAAUGUAAUUGGGAAUGGAUUUAGGCAGAUAGGAUACUGGUCAAACUAUUCAGGACUUUCUGUUGAUCCCCCUGAGACUCUUUACUCUAGACAAGCAAACAGAUCAAGUUCAAACCAGAAGUUAUAUGGUGUAUUAUGGCCAGGAAAAACAGAAGUUAAGCCACGUGGCUGGGUUUUCCCGAACAAUGGAAAACGAUUAAGAAUUGGAGUUCCAAACAGAGUUAGUUACAAAGAUUUCGUUUCAUUAGAUAAUCAUACUGGACUGAUACAUGGAUAUUGUAUAGAUGUGUUUCUUGCAGCCAUAAAGUUACUUCCAUAUGCAGUACCCCAUGAGUUCAUUUUGUUUGGAGAUGGCCUUAAGAACCCAAGCUAUACAGAGCUUGUGAGAAUGAUAACAUCUAACGUCUUUGAUGCUGCUGUUGGGGACAUUGCAAUUGUGGCCAACCGCACAAAAAUCGUUGACUUCACCCAGCCAUACAUAGAGUCAGGUUUAGUUGUGGUGGUUCCAGUGAGAAAAUUGCAUUCUAGUGCUUGGGCCUUUUUGAGGCCAUUUACCCCGUCAAUGUGGGGGGUCACUGCAGCUUUUUUCCUUCUUGUUGGAGUUGUGGUGUGGAUACUGGAGCACAGGGUAAACAAUGAAUUCCGUGGUCCACUGAAGAAACAGCUGGUGACACUUCUUUGGUUUAGCUUUUCAACUAUGUUUUUUGCCCAGAGGGAAAAUACAAUGAGCACACUUGGGCGGAUUGUCCUAAUUAUUUGGCUUUUUGUGGUUUUGAUAAUCAAUUCGAGCUAUACCGCAAGCUUGACAUCAAUCCUCACAGUGCAGCAGCUAAGCUCAUCCAUCAAUGGAAUUGAAUCCUUGAUAACCAGCAAUGAUCCUAUAGGGUUCCAGGUAGGAUCUUUUGCUGAAAAUUAUUUACGUGAAGAACUUGAUAUUGCUAAAUCUAGGCUUGUUCCUCUCGGCUCACCAGAAGCAUAUGCUGAUGCUCUUGAAAGAAGAAUAGUUGCUGCCAUAGUUGAUGAACAGCCAUAUAUUGAUCUGUUCCUUUCGAAGUACUGCAAGUUCCGAGUUGUUGGUCAACCAUUCACAAGAAGUGGGUGGGGAUUUGCAUUUCCCAGAGACUCUCCCUUAGCCAUUGACAUGUCAACUGCAAUUCUUUCAUUGUCGGAGAAUGGUGAACUCCAAAAGAUUGAUGACAAGUGGCUGAAUAAAAGUAUGUGUGGUCCUCAGCCUCAGAGCUCUCAAUCAGACCAACUUAACUUAGAGAGUUUUUGGGGUCUUUUCCUCGUGUGUGGAGUUGCAUUUCUUAUCGCUCUGCUUGUAUACUUUUGGCUAAUGUUCUGCAAGUUCAAGCAACAUUGCCCUGAAACAUCUGAAUCCUCUAGAUUUGGUAGUUCAUAUUCUGCACACUUCCAAAGAUUUCUCUCCUUUGUUGAUGAGAAGGAAGAGGUCACAAGCAAUAGAUUGAAAAGAAAGCGGACGGGAAACAGUACUGUUUGCCAAGGGAAAGAAACUUGACCAAAGUAAUGAGGAGCUGAAAGGAGUUGCUUACAAGAGGAGUGCUGAAGUGCCGGCAUGUGCAUUUUCCGUAAGCUCACUCUCUUGUAAUUAACUUUUGUUGAAUGUCAUCUCUAUAAGGAAAACUAGAUGUUUGGACACUAUAGGUUGUGAAAUGAAAUUGAAACAGUGAUAGCUGAAACUUUCUUUGCUUCUAAUUUGUUAGAGAAUAGCAUAUGGUAGUAUGAGCUCGGUGAUUGUGCGACAUUUGGUUCAAAUCUUCACGGCUUGAGGCCGUCUGAGUUGAAGUGUCAUGUCUAGCUUUAGUAUUACCAACAUUCUUGACAUUUCAGAAUCCAUUUGCAGAAAUUGUGCCUC